AUGAACGCUGUGGUUGUGCUCAUUGGCGGGGGGCACGCUGCAGGGAAACGCACCACGGCCCAGUGGAUUAAGAAUGAUAUCAAGAAAGUCAUAUCUGGCCCGUUGGACGUGGAGGUGAUUGAUAUGGACGACUACUGUAGCCAAAAGUGUCUUAGUGUGGGCCAGGAGCACGACAAGAACGCUGCCAUAACUGUGAACGAAAACAAAACAGUGUCGGUGCCUAAGCCCUCGCGGUACGAUUUUUCUGCUUUGCACAAACAUAUUGAGCAGCUGGCAUCGUCGCUGACCACCUCCAAAAAGGUCAUCAUUGUGCACGGUCUCUAUGCUCUAUACGAGAAAUCGAUUCGUGACUUGUCUCACAUCAAGGUUUUCAUUAGUGGAGAUGCUGACUCCCGUCUUAUUCGCUGGAUACGAAGAGACGUGCUUGGGAAGCACAAGACGGUUCAGUUGGAGAAUAUCAUCAACGCAUACUUGCAUGGAGCCAAACAGGAAAUGAACGACUAUAUCUUCCCUACGAAAGAGCAGGCAGACGUAAUAAUGCCUCGUGGUGCCGAAGCUAACGCAGUAUCAUUGAUUGUGGAUGGUCUUCUUCCGCUUUUGAGUCCAAAUGAGAAGAUGCCUGAACCAUCGAGCUCAAAUGUCUUGAGACCGACCGAGCACUCAUUCAAGAACGAAAAGUUCGAUGCUCAAAAAAAUAAAUACUACGAUGUUGCAUGA